AAUAAUCCUAAUUCAAAGUUAAUAGAAACCGUCGGCAUGACCGGUCCGCAACCGACUGACUCGGCUUGAUUCAAAACUUGCAUCCAAGUUGAUCCUGCUGAGAUUCAUGGACAAUAUUCAUUCUUGUGAGCCCAACAUCGAUUUCCGAAAGUAGUCCAGGGCCCAGACGCUUUUGAGUAAAAUCCGUGGGCCUGGCCAAUUUGUAAAUCUUACAUUUGGUUUGGAAUUUGGAUGAGCAAAAGUCAAAUAUGUGGAAUCUAAUAUUGCGAUGGGGUCUCAAUCCGUGCUUUCCAGGAUCCUUGGGUGCCAGGUGACCCUCCGAUCAUUCCCAAAUUAGCUCCAGGUAACUCUAAUCCUGCUCUUUGUGUUUCAAGUCUUAUAGAUCCUGGUAAUAGAUCGUGGAAUUCUGCGGCUAUCCAUCAUUUUAUUGGUUCGACUUUGGCUGCCCUUAUCCAGGGGAUUCCGCUGUCUCAGCAUCUUUUGAAAGAUUCAAUUAUUUGGCAGUAUGAAUCCAGUGGGGUUUUCUCUGUUAAAUCUGCUUUUCAUCUUGCCUUUCAGUGUUGUCGUCCAAUUCCGUACAAAUCUAAUAUUGCUUUCAUGGAUCCUUCGGUUUGGAAUUGGAUUUGGGGAAGGAAAGUUCCGCCGAAGUUACACUUCUUCUUAUGGCAAUGUGUUCACAGAAUCCUCCCGACUCGUGAAGCUUUAGUAACGCGAGGGAUGGAUAUCAUUCCCAUUUGCCCGGUGUGUGGUAAGAAAGAAGAAACAAUUGAGCAUUUGUUUUUUCGUUGUCCGGCUGCUCUACAUUUAUGGAGGAUGGUGGGUAUGCAUAGGUAUCUAGGUCGUUGGGAAAAAAGAUCUUUCAUAGGUUUCAUCCGGUUCUCGUUGUUCAAGGAGAUUGGUGAAGAUUUAGACUACCUCUACCUGCAGGUAAUUUGUUUGUUAUGGAGGAUAUGGAAAAAUCGUUAUAAAGUUGUUUUUGAGUUCAAGCAGGUCCGUGUGGAAGAGCUUGCUGCACAAUGGAUGCACCAAGUACAGGAGAAUGACCAGGCCCUUCUGCAGAAUCACAGUACUGUGACUUCAGCAGCAACAACUCACUCCAAUACUCCUCAAGUGCCGCCAAAUGUGCUUUUUGUGGGCUCUUUUGAUGCAGGUACUAGACAGGGAGAGGACGAAUCAGCAGCUUUUGUCAUUCGUCACAUCUCUGGCGAUAUCAUCGCUGCUAAAGCGACUCGGUAUACUGCCUGCAGUGAUCCAUAUGUUCUUGAAGCUCUGGCCUUGCGUGAUUGUCUAGUGCAUUGUACUCAGGCUCAACUUCAGAAUAUCCACAUUCAAGGUGAUGCUAAAGUUAUUUUGGACAAAUGUCGAGCUGGCGACACGUGCGAUUCCAAGAUCGGGAUUUUGCUCCAGGAAAUUGUUUUGCUUCUUCAAGUUCUUUCCUCGGUCUCCCUCCAAUUUGUUGGACGUUUGAACAACAGAGUAGCUCAUUCGGUAGCAAAGCAUGCUCUGGGUUUGUCGCCUCGUCAGAUAGCGAGGUUCGACUAUGUUGCUUGGUUACGUAGUAGAUAGGUUUCUUGUAUCUGUGAACCUUGUUCGCCCUCUUUUUCAGAGGAAUCUAAUGGCAAAAAAAAAAGUCAAAUAUGUGGAGCCCCAUUAUACAAAAUGUUAUAUAUUCUUUGAUAAAAAAAUCAAGGCAAAAUUCAUCUGUGUAGUCAAAACUUUCACGUUUGUGACAAUAAUAGCCACUUUUUGGCGAAAUAUCGAAAAUAGCCAGAAUUUUGAAAGUUUUGUGACAAAGAUAGCCAUUUCCUUUUCAUACUUUAACGACGUUAGUGACACCGUUAGUCAAAUUAACGGAACGCUUACCUGGGUGCUAACUCACCAGACACAUCAUCGACAACUCAACAACACUUGCCACAAGGAUGCCAUGUAAUAUUUUAAACUAAAAAAAAUUAUUUUAUCAUCCUCUCUCAUCUCCCACCACUCGACGCUCGCUUCUCCUUCUCCCUCUGUUUUGUUCUCACUAGAGACGGAGAUGGCGAACUCGAUGACGAUGGCGAGCGACACUCCGACGCCAAAAACAAUCCCGUCUCGCAACUCCUCCCUUCGUCAUCUCCCUGCAAAAACCCAGCGGAAAGAAAAGCAAGAAUCCAACACCCGCUAUCCAAAAUCAGGGAUCCCCCCCCCCCCCAACCCUAUCAUUCUCGAACUGCUAUCCAGACCCCAAAAUCAGUUGAUCUGCUCUGUUCUUCCUCGUGCCUGAAACUCAGGGGAGCUGUCCCCAAAUCAAUAUCAUUGACUAGUGGGUUUAUCAGCCGAAAACCUCCAAUUUGGGAAUCGUUUAUCUUUACCGCCGGCGCCAUCCUCUUUGCUUCAUCUUGUCCGUGAUCAAAACCUAGAAUCGAUUGUUCUCUUCUAGCUCAAAUCGGCGGUUCUGUAGGGGAGAUCGCGCGACGGAAGAUGACGGCCAGAUCCAUCCCUUCUUCUCCUUCUUUUCUCCUCCCUCGAAGAUGCAGACGAAGACAAAUUGACGAGGCCCGAGACAGCGACGAUGAUGAUACUGCAACGACGACGAAGAUCUGGGUGCGAUGGCAUAUGGGCAGAUCGAUGGUGGCCGGUAGUGGGAGACCAUGGCGAGCAAAGUAGCAGGGGAAGAUCGAUUCGGGGGAGUUAACGGGCUGGAGAAGAUGAUGCGAAGGUGAGGGUGGUCUGACGCGUUUUGAUUUGAAGGGGAAGGAAGAGGAUGGCGAUUUGGGGAACGAGAAGGGUGGUUGACGGGUUUUCUUUGAAUUGUCAGAGACUUGGUUUAGGGACGGGAAGGGGAAGGAAGGAGAUAAUUUGGGGAACGAAGAUUUGGCUGGGGUAGGGAUGGGGAAGGAAGAGAGAUGGAGAGAGAGAGAAAAGAAAAAAUGACCACUGGGUUUAGUAUUUGCUUGGUCAAGACUCUGUUUCAAUAACGAAUUAGCAGGAAAUGAACGAGGGUCUCGACUUGAAAGUGAACCCGUAAAGGAAGACCUUGUAAAAGGACCAAAAGGUAGAGUGCGAGAAGUGUAAAAAAACUCUUUCUCCAAACAAAGAAGAACUAAUUUAUUCAGUAGAGUCUGAACAGAAAUUGUAAACAUUUUGAUGAAAUGACUUGUUUCGUCAUUAAAUAAAUCAAAAUUGCUCAUCCCAACUAGGGAUGACAAUUUUGACUUGAUCCGUUUUAUCCGACCUAAUUGACCUAUUUUGGGGCGGGUCUGACCCGCUCCGUAGGCGGGGCUGGGCAGGCAUGGUUACUCUCCCUCGACACGACCUGCCUUGACCUGCCCCAUUCUUGACCCGCCUUGCAUGACUUACAUGUAAUUCUAUUCAAAAUACUUCUAAUUUUACUUUUAUUACCACAUAUUUAGAUACAAUAAAGUUCUAAAUAUGUGAGAACCUGCUUUUUUAUAAAUAAUUUAACUACAUUUAUCAUAUUUUACUUUGUUUCUUGUGAUUUUAAUGAAAAAAUUUGAAUAUU